AAGUUCCCGAAGCUUCCGGUGGCCGGCUUAAUUGGGAGCUAUGGCUAAACAUCAUCCUGAUUUGAUCUUUUGCCGCAAGCAGGCUGGUGUUGCCAUCGGAAGACUGUGUGAAAAAUGUGAUGGCAAGUGUGUGAUUUGUGACUCCUAUGUGCGUCCUUGCACUCUGGUGCGCAUAUGUGAUGAGUGUAACUAUGGAUCUUACCAGGGACGCUGUGUGAUCUGUGGAGGCCCUGGGGUCUCUGAUGCGUAUUAUUGUAAGGAGUGCACCAUCCAGGAGAAGGAUCUGAGGAAUAAUAUAAGUCCCAAGAGAAGCAACUUGCCCACAUUUGCGUCAAGAGAUGGCUGCCCAAAGAUUGUCAAUCUGGGGAGCUCUAAAACAGACCUCUUCUAUGAACGCAAAAAAUACGGCUUCAAGAAGAGGUGAUUGGUGGGUGGCCCCUUCCUCCCCCCAACAUCAAGCUGCUGCAGCUGCCAGAAAACAUGCCUACUACUACCAGCAGAGAGGGAGCAGAGACCAUAGCAUCACCAGGAGUGCCUGCUAGUGUACUGGCAGCUUGCCACCCCCUCCUCUCCCUUCACCCAGACGUGGUAGGGAUGGAAAAGGAUUCUUCACAGAGCACUCUGGCACACCGUAUUAGAGAAAAGUUGAUAGAUUAGUUAAUGAUUUUUCUUAAAUUCGAGAAGCAGAGAUCUGUUCUCCAUAUUGAUAUGUUCUCCCUCAACCAAGAUCUUCUAAAAAGAAGUAAUAUUUUAGUCUUCUGCUUGAGGAGUUGGCUGUGAAGCUACAGCCGGUGAAAACCACGUUCUUGCAGCAGCUCUGGUGGCAGCUGUCCUUGAGGAACUUUUGGUGUGUGGUGGGAAGCUAUCAGAACAAGAAAUGUAGGCAUUUACUGUUUUUGGGGGAGAGGGAGGGGUGCUCCACCAUCUUGAAAGGCAUUUAUUCAUUUAACACUUGU